AUGACUGGUGUUCAAGAAACUUCGUGUAAGCUUUGUCUCAAAACUGUAGGCGUUGAAGGUUUUGAGGUAAUAAACGACGUUACUAGAGACAUUUUAGAUGUUCUUUUGCUGAAAUUGAAAUUUGAUAGCGAGAGCAAAGAGGUUAUAUGUAACGUUUGCAGAAGAAAGUUAAACGCAGCAUUCGAAUUUAAGUCAACUUGUCUGAAGACCGAUUACACAAUUUUUCCAUAUGUGGAAUGUGAAAAAAUGUUACUGCUCGAUAUAGGAGAUGCGUAUACGAAGGAAAAGACAAGUGAGUCAAUGGAUAUUUUAGAUGGUCAGAGAAUAUGUCGAUUGUGUAUGGAGCCAGUAGAAAGUGAGUUUAGGUGCAUACGCGAAGAGGAACUUGAAGCUAUCAAUAAAUUGGUUCCUGAAAUGAAUAUAAAUAUCAUCAAAGAUCCCGUUGUGUGUAAGGAAUGCUUUGAUUCUGUGUGCACCCACAACAGUUUCCUAAAAAAUUGCUCGGAAGUACAGGAAAAAAUUGGAGGUAUUUUUAAUAGCGCAGCAACAGAGAGUCGGAUAGAUACGUCACCAGCUGAUUUAUUCGUUAAGACUGAAAACCAGGACAAGGAAUUUGAUAUCAACGAGAUGGAAAUGUCAAUCAAAGCUGAAAGUAUCGACAUAAAAUCGGAAGAUGAAGAAAGGAGCGACUCGCUACUGCAGAGCUCCGAUAGUGAAUCAUUCGAGAAGAGUGUCCUUAGAGAUGCAGAUGAUGGAUGUAAACAUGAGAAUAGAGCGACAAAUGAAUGUAAUACCAAAGUCAACCAGGACGACAAAGUAUUUUACAAAUGUGAUAAAUGUAUUUACGAAACUAGAAGCGACAGUCGUUUUAUAGCACAUCGUAGGAGACACGAGAACGAUUCGGAAGCAUAUAAAUGUGAAUCGUGGGAGUAUGAAACUGAAAAUAAAAAAUUUUUUCAGAAGAACUGGCUGAUGCAUAAAAAUUCUUCGGAAAUGCGUAUGCAUCGAUGCGGAUCAUGUAAUUACGAGACAAAGUCCAGGUGCGAGCUUGAUAAGCAUCAGAAAUUGGAUAGCGAGGGCAAAGAUGUUAUAUGUAACGUUUGCAGAAGCAAGUUAAACACAGCAUUCGAAUUUAAGUCAACUUGUUUGAAGAACGAUUACGCAAUUAUUCCGUAUGUGGAUUGUGAAAAAAUGUUACAGCUCGAUAUCAGAGACGUGUAUACGAAGGAAAAGACAAGCAAGUCAAUGGAUAUUUCAGAUAGUCGGAGAAUAUGUCGAUUGUGUAUGGAGCCAGUAGAAAGUGAGUUUAGGAGCAUACGUGAAGAGGAACUUGAAGCUAUCGAGAAAUUGGCUCCUGAAAUGAAUAUAAAUAUCAUCAAAGAUCCCGUUGUAUGUAAGGAAUGCUUUGAUUCUGUAUGCACCCACAACAGUUUCCUGAAAAAUUGCUUGGAAGUACAGGAAAAAAUUGGAGGUAUUUUUAAUAGCGCAGCAACAGAAAGUCAGAUAGAUACGUCACCANUAUAA